AUGGAGACUACUUCAGAUGAAAGGAACACAAUCCAAAAUGUUAAACGGAAAAAGGGUGGUCUCAGGACCAUGCCUUUCAUUAUAGCAAAUGAGACUUUUGAGAAGGUUGCUGGAGUUGGGCUUCAUGCAAAUAUGAUCUUGUACUUGCAAAAUGAAUAUAACCUUAGUAGUGCUACUGGAGCUAAUAUAUUGUUUAUCUGGGCAGCCACAUCAUAUUUUACUCCCAUCAUAGGAGCUUUCGUUUCUGAUUCUUACUUGGGUCGGUUUCGUGUCAUCGUGCUCGGAACAGUCGUCAGCCUACUAGGAAUGAUUCUGCUAUGGCUAACAGCCAUUAUUCCUAGCGCAAGGCCUUUACAUUGCGAUCAAAAAGAUGGGAAUUUACAAGGUUGUGCAUCCCCAAAUGCAGCGCAGAUGAUGUUUCUUCUCUCCUCAUUUGCUCUGAUGGCCGUAGGGGCUGGCGGCAUUAGGCCUUGCUCUUUAGCAUUUGGUGCAGACCAGUUGGACAACCCCGAAAACCCAAAAAACGACAAGACUUUACAGAGCUUCUUCAAUUGGUAUUAUGCUUCAGUUGGAAUUUCAGUCAUGGUUUCGGUUAUAUUCGUGGUCGCUAUCCAAGAUGCAGCUGGUUGGGUUGUGGGCUUUGCAGUACCUGUAGGGUUUAUGUUAUUGUCAAUUGUUCUGUUCCUCAUGGGUUCUUCCCGCUAUGUUAAAGUGAAGCCCAACACGAGCUUGCUUACUGGCUUUGCUCAAGUAAUAUCUGCAGCGUGGAAGAACAAAUACAUUUCUUUGCCACGAAGCGAUUCUGAUAGAUGGUAUCAUCACAAGGAUUCAACCCUUGUAAUUCCUACAGAAAAACUCAGCUUUCUAAACAAAGCUUGCGUAAUUAUAAAUCCUGAGAAGGAUUUGGACAAAGAAGGAUUGGCUAUAGAUGCGUGGAAGCUUUGCACGGUUAAACAGGUAGAAGAGCUAAAAGCAUUGAUCAAAGUGAUGCCAAUAUGGUCCACUGGUAUCAUGCUUUCAGCGACCCUAAGCCAACACGCAUUCCCUGUACUCCAAGCCCUGACCAUGGACAGGCACUUGGUGGGGAAGGUCAAAAUCCCAGCAGCCUCCUUUGGUGUGUUUACAAUCCUCACUUUGACAAUAUGGGUAGCCAUCUACGAUCGAAUUUUGGUUCCAAGAAUAGCCAAGUUCACCAAAAGACCCCGAGGGCUUUCCAAUAAACAAAGGAUGGGGAUUGGACUGCUACUCUCUUGUAUAUCCACUGCAAUAGCUGGAGCAGUAGAGCACAAGAGGCGAGCAAUGGCAAUUAGAGAAGGAUUGGCACAUAAGCCUAUGGGUUUAGUUAACAUGUCUGCAAUGUGGCUAGUGCCACAGCAUUGCGUUACUGGACUAGCUGAGGCUUUUAAUGCAAUUGGUCAAAUAGAAUUCUAUUACUCUCAGUUUCCCAAGACUAUGUCCAGCAUUGGAGUGGCUCUUUUCUCACUUGGCAUGGCAUUUGGGAACUUGCUAGGGAGUUUUAUAGUGUCAAUUUUGAAUCGUGAAACUGGAAAAGAUGGGAAAGUGAGUUGGGUAGCAAAUAAUCUCAACAGAGGUCACUAUGACUAUUACUAUUGGCUUCUUGCUUCUCUUAGUGUGCUGAAUUUCUUCUACUAUUUGCUCUGUAGUCGAUUCUAUGGGAGUGAGAACAACAGAAUUUGGGAUGCAACCAUAGAAGAGAAAGAAAUGGAUAAGCCUGUGGGAUCUCCGAUCAAACAUUCUGUUGUUUGAUGUAUACUCAAGCGUCUUAGCAGGAAGAUGCACUCCAAUUAAUGCAUAUUAGUGUUGGCUUGAUCAGACACUGUUAUGUAUUUUGGAAAUCAGGUACCUCAUUGUAGAAGUCAAUCACCACUGGUUGUGUAGUAAAAGCACAUAACGCAUUU